AAACCCGCCAGGUUACUUCAGCUUCUGCUCCACUCCGCCGCCCCCCAUCUCGUGCUCCCCGCUCUCCAGCCAUGGCGUCGCCAGCCGCCGCCGCCGCCCACUUCCUCCUCCUCGCGCUCCUAUUCCUCCCGUUUGCCGCGGCCGGCGCGCCGCACAGGCACCGCAUCCCGUCCCGGCACCUCGCUUCGCUCAACGCGUCGGCGCCGCCAACCACCUUCUUCGAGGUGGACCGCCCGAUCCGCCCGCCGCUCGGCAGCGCCGGUCCCUGCUCGACCCUGCUCCUCUCCCACUCCUUCGGCGCCACCUACGGCCGCCCCCCGGUCACCGCCGCCUACGCGCCGCCCGAGUGCCUCGCGGCCGCGCGCGGGUCGCUCGCGCUCGCGGUGCUCGAGUGGACCGCCGACUGCCGCGGCCGCCAGUUCGACCGCAUCUUCGGCGUCUGGCUCUCCGGCGCCGAGCUCCUCCGCAGCUGCACGGCCGAGCCGCGCGCCACCGGCAUCGUCUGGUCCGUGUCCCGCGACGUCACCAGGUACGCCGCCCUCCUCGCGGACCCCGGCGAGGUCGCGGUGUACCUCGGCAAUCUCGUCGACCAGACCUACACCGGCGUCUACCACGUCAACCUCACGCUGCAUCUCUACUUCCACCCGGCCCCGCCGCCGCUCACACAGCAGGCCGAUCUGAUCGUGCCCAUCUCCAGAAGCUUGCCUCUCAACGACGGGCAGUGGUUCGCCAUCCAGAAUUCCACCGACGUGCAGUCCAAGAGCCUUGCAGUUCCGUCGAACACCUACAGGGCGGUCCUUGAAGUGUUCGUUUCGUUCCACGGCAGUGACGAGUUCUGGUACACGAACCCUCCCAACGAGUACAUUGAGGCCAACAACAUGUCCAGUCUUCCCGGCAAUGGUGCCUUCCGGGAGGUCGUUGUAAAGGUCGAUGAAGAUGUUGUCGGCGCUGUUUGGCCGUUCACUGUUAUCUACACAGGUGGUAUCAACCCGUUGCUCUGGCGGCCAAUCACCGGCAUUGGCUCAUUCAACCUGCCGACCUAUGAUAUUGACAUCACUCCGUUCUUGGGCAAGCUCCUGGACGGCAAGGAGCACAAAUUUGGGUUUGGUGUGACCAAUGCAUUGGAUGUGUGGUACGUUGAUGCCAAUUUGCAUCUGUGGUUGGAUACCAAGAGCAAGAAGACAGUCGCGAGCUUGGUGAGCUAUGAUGCGCCCCCAUUGGUGCUGGACGUGAAAUCUGGAUUCAGCGGGCUGGAUGGCAAGUUUGUCACACAUGCAAGCCGGCAUGUCUCUGCAACCGGGCGGGUGAAAUCGUCUCACGGGGAGGUGACCACGACUUUCACCCAGAGAUUCAGCUUUGCUAACAGCAAUGUGUUUACAACGAAUGGCACGGUGCAAGUUGUGAACCAGACAAUCGAUGCAAAGUCUGGCACUUUUGUCAAGGACGCUUCUGCUGUUCUUCUCUCCGAGGAAGUUCACAAGCUGUUUCCGCUAUAUAUCUAUACUGGAACCUCGGAUCAGGUGGGCGAUGAGUACUCAUUGGUUUCACUUGUCAAACUGGGUGUCAACGAUAAGAUGGUCUCAGGUGGUAAGUUGGGCUUCUCGUACAACUCCCUACGGAAUUCACAGUCAGCACGCGGCACUAUGAGGGUUAAGAAGAAUUUGGUGGUUGGGGGGUUGGGGAAGACGCAUCAGGUGUACAAAUAUAUGGGUACUGAUGGAUGCUACUUCAGGGAUGUGAGCAGCAGCAAUUACACUAUAACUGCUGACAAAUCUGGCGAUGCUUGCUCAAAGAGAUCUCCAUCUAUUGGUGUGAAAGUCUCCCUCUAGUAAAGAUCAACCAGCAAGAAGAAAGUUGCUUAAAUUGUAACUGGAAAGAUCACCAACAACUACCGCUGUGCCGCAAAAUACAAGGGGGUCUGGAAACCUUCAUACCUCAUUCCGAAGAAGCGCCAUCAUAGGAAAAUCUGCUUUAUGAACCGAUGAACUCGUUUGUAGGAAAUGGCAGAACCUUCUCCAGUGUUGUUCAUCAGCCGGGGAGCCCCCACAUAUCCUUCGGACUCCAGAUCCACCGUCUGCAUCUGACCAGGUCAAAGAAGAGCAUGGGGUCUUCUUGAAGAUGUCUACCUGCGAUGCACCAAUUUAGUUAUCAUCCUACUCAGCUCGACGUCGCUGUAGCUUGAAG